AUGAAAAGUAAACAUUUAGCUCAAAAAGAUAUAAAUUGCCUUGAAGUCACUGCCUUAAAUAAUGAAUAUGUUGGUCACGAACUUCAUCCAUUAGCAAAAUAUUUCAAUUCAAUGUUAAGAAAGCUACUAAAAGAAAUUCUUGAAGAAAUUCAUUUCUUGACAGUCAUGAUAAAAGCAGAUGCAACAAUGUUUUGUCAUAAUUCUGAACUAGGAAGAAAUAAUACAGGAGAAAAGUUGUUACAAGGUUAUCUACAAGCAAAGGAUUAUUUAAUAAGAUCGUUAGAGUCUAAUACUCAAUCUUGGGUAUAUGCGUUUACCAAUAAAUAUUUUACUACUGGUGUACAAUCAACUUCUUGUAAUGAGAGUAAAAACUCAACUCUAAAAUGCCUUUUUGAUACUUCGAAUCUUUCAUUAUAUAAAUUAUUUGACACUUUAGAAGAAAGGUACCAGGAAGAGAAUGACUACUAUAAAUUUGUAAACUGGAAACAGCUUAACAAAUUCGUAAUGCUUAAUAUAAUAAAGAAACAGGAGAAGCAAAUAAAUUUAAGUCUUCACUAUCAUGCUAUAGAAAUUAAUUUUGAAGUUAUAUUAUCUAAAGAGAAACAAGAAGGUCAUAAUAGUAAAAUCUGUAAAGAAAAAAAGCUUUUGAAUAUUGAUAAGAGUGAUGAAACCAAAAGCAAUAGUGAAGAAUUUUUGACAAGUUAUGAACAUAUACAAGAAAAAUUAGAUACAGUAAAACCAGAUAUUGGUUUAGUUGAAAUAAUAAAUAUAGUAAAUUAUCCUAAUGUAUUCUUACUAAUGCAAGUAGUUCAUAUUUUAAUAGGAUCAUAUGAUAUCGUAGU